CACGUCAGCACUGGUGGAAGCGCUGAGGUCGCCAACAGCCGCUCAAACUAGCGCAAAUUCGGUAUUACAGCCCCGGGUUAAAUUAACGCGCCGUUGCCGAGGGCUUUCCCACAGUUUGAUCCUCUGCAAUGGACACACAGUGGCUAUACGAUCCCUGACACUCUUCUAAAACACAUUCCACGUGGCUGUUCUUUUGUAUAGACUGCAGUAGAAGCCAAGCCUCUAUGCAGUGAAUCUGUGACUGAUCCCACAAUGGACUUUUUUGGUGACCCAAAUCUUUUUGAGGGCUUGGCCCAGGAUUGUUUUGACUCUGGUUCAGUAUCUUUGGCGGAUGAGUUGGAUCUAGGCUCGGGAUUUGAUCCACCUUUAGUGAAUCCAGUGGGGGCUGAAAAACACCCUGGGAUGGUCGCAAAUUCAGUGCCCUCUGCCAAUCCGCCUGGUCUACACUACAGUCAGUCGAUGGCACAAUUUGAAGGAAUGAAGGUACAGACCUCUAUGCCACAGUCCUUCUCUAACUCUGGGGGUGAUCACAGUGUCGGAGGGCCUUUCUUGAACCAGCAGUCUCAUUUUCAAGAGCCAUCAAUGAAUCAAGUAUCUCAGACUAAUGGACUGUAUCCCAGCAACAGCCCUAUAUGGGGGGAACAGCGAGUACAUGCUUACCACCAGCAUCUGCAGCAGCAUCAACAACAACAACUUAAGCAGCAAUUACAUCAGCAGCAAAUCCAGCAACAGCUUCACCACCAUCAAGGUCAACAACAACAUCCACAGCAUCCACAUCAGUACAAUCACCAACAUUCACAUCUCCAACAAAGUCAGCAAAUCCGACAGCAUCAACUGCCAGCCCAGCACCAGAUGCCACACCAACAAAUUAACGCUCAGAGUAUGCACCAGCACACAAACUUUUACUACCAUGGCCCAUCCAAUGUCCCAUCCCACCAAGGCCACCAUAGCUCAGUAAAUCCAGAGGGCAGUCCCUUUCAUCCAGGUGCCGAUGCUGGUCCUCGCUCUCGGCCUAAGCCUUAUGCUGAGGUACCAAUCAUUCCCACAACAUCUGAGCAACAUGGUAGGUUCCAGCUAGCUCAAGAGCUGCAAGGGUUCUCAAGGGUUUCUGAAGCACAGGACAAUAACCUGGGGUUCCAUGUACAGUCUUCCCCUGAAACCUAUGCCCUGUCAUCCUGCUCAGCCAACCUUGCUCCAUCCUUUCCCCCCUCUCAAUACUCCUUCCCUGGGCAUCCUCCUGCUGCGACAAAUGCAUCCCAUCCACUCUCUGUUGCCCCAGUCACGUUGACCACCACCACUGCGGCAAUUGCAUCUGGUUCUGAUCAUGGUGGCCAGACUUCCAACUGCCCGUUCUUGUCAGAUCCUCUAAUGGAGCAGCAGAGAGGCCAAAUUCAGAUCCCUAGAAGGCAGCUGCAAGAGUGCCCUUUCAGUUCCCUACAGACGUCCAAGCCAGCACAACAGGAUACCUAUGGUUCUUCUCAAAUGUUCUCAGAAGCCUUAGACUCUUUCCCUGCCACAAACGGCUACCUCUCACAACAGGACGAGAACCGUGCCACCAACCCGAGUGGGUCAAGCUGCAGUGGGUUUCAAGGCCUUGAUGAGACCUUGAUGGAUCAUCAGUCUGAAGAUAUUGACAGGAUUGCAGAGGGACAUGAUCUUUUGGGAGAUGAGCUGUUGCCCCAGCUGGAAGCUUUUGUACACGAGGAGACCUCCAGCAGAUCCUGGACCAGCACCAAACAAGAUAAGACAGCAGAAGAAGAAGGAGUAAAGAGAGAUACAAUAAAGAAGGAGCCAGGAGAUAACCUGGCAUUUGAGCGAUCACUGCCGUCAUACUAUGAGUCACACGAGCCUCCAAAGAACACUAAUGGUUCGAGCAGUCAGGUACGGCUGCUCAGUCCGCCGAUGAAGAGCAGCUCCUCCUCGUCCUCGUCUUCAUCUUCAUACUCUUCCGCGUCAGAGAAACGGGUGCAGAAGCAGCAGAGGCAGCAGCAGCAGAUGGAGGCGUCCGCUUUGGAGGACAAGCAGCAGAAGGCCAAUCGAAUAAUUUCUGAGGCCAUCGCUAAAGCCCGGGAGCGAGGAGAGAAGAACAUCCCACGUGUUAUGAGCCCAGAAAGUUUCCCCAGCUCCUCCCAGCAUCGUGGCCACAGGUCAUCAGCCUCCAAAUCCAAAAGCAAGGACAAGAGUUCCAAGAAGGCUCGAAUCAUAACGUCCUCCAAAUCUAAACAGAAGACCAAGAUCGGAAAAAUUGUGAUAAAGUUCGGGAAGAAGAAGAAGCGUAAGGCGGAAUCCUCUGAUGACCUGUCUGAUGAUGAGCGACCCCGGCGACGAUCCUCCAGAGACGACGACUCGAAGCGGCGGUCGAACAGACAGGUGAAAAGGAAGAAGUACGCAGAGCAAGACUCUCGAGUAUCUGAUGAUGAGAUGAAGGUCAUCGUUAAAGCCAAGAAGAUCAACUCUGAACCUGCGGUACAGUUGUUUGUGGAGAAUCCCAGUGAGGAGGACGCAGCUGUAGUGGAUAAGAUCAUGGCCUCCCGUAUAGUGAAGAAUGAGGUGUCCCCAGGCGUCAUGGUUGAAGUGGAGGAGUUUUAUGUCAAAUAUAAAAACUACUCUUAUCUGCAUUGUGAGUGGGCUACAGAGCAGCAUUUGGAGAAGGACAAGAGGAUCCAGCAGAAAAUCAAACGCUUCAAGAUCAAACAGGCCCAGAGAGCACACUUCUUUGCUGAUAUGGACGAGGAUCCAUUCAAUCCUGACUAUGUUGAAGUGGAUCGAGUCCUGGAGGUUUCCUACUGUGAGGACAAGGACACUGGAGAGCCGGUGGUGUAUUACCUGGUGAAGUGGUGUUCGUUGCCGUACGAGGACAGUACAUGGGAGCUUAAGGAAGAUGUGGAUCAGACUAAGAUUGAGGAGUUUGAGAAGCUGCAGGCAGCGAGAGUAGACUCCAGGAGAGUGGAGCGCCCCCCAGCAAGUCACUGGAAGAAGCUCGAGCAGUCCAGGGAGUAUCGUAAUGGUAACAGUCUCAGGGAUUACCAGUUAGAAGGGGUCAACUGGUUGCUCUUCAACUGGUACAACAGGCGUAACUGUAUCUUGGCUGACGAGAUGGGUUUGGGAAAAACCAUCCAGUCCAUUACGUUUCUGAAGGAGAUCCAUCGCAAAGGGAUAAAGGGGCCCUUCCUCAUCAUCGCUCCUCUCUCCACCAUCGCCAACUGGGAGCGAGAGUUCCGCACAUGGACGCACCUCAACGUCAUCGUCUACCAUGGCAGCGUGCUGAGCCGGCAGAUGCUGCAGCAGUACGAGAUGUACUUCAGGGAUGCUCAGGGUCGAGUGGUGAAAGGGGCCUAUCGCUUUCAGGCAGUAAUCACCACGUUUGAGAUGAUUUUGGGAGGCUGUCCAGAACUCAACGCAAUUGAAUGGCGCUGUGUGAUCAUCGAUGAAGCUCAUCGUCUGAAAAACAAAAACUGCAAGCUGCUGGAGGGCUUCAAACUGAUGAACCUGGAGCAUAAGGUGCUGUUAACUGGCACUCCCCUGCAAAACACUGUGGAAGAAUUGUUCAGCCUGCUGCAUUUCCUAGAGCCGUCACGCUUCCCCUCUGAAAACACCUUCAUGCAAGAGUUUGGAGACUUGAAGACUGAGGAGCAGGUCCAAAAGCUUCAGGCCAUUCUUAAGCCAAUGAUGCUCCGUCGGCUGAAGGAGGACGUUGAGAAGAAACUGGCUCCUAAAGAAGAGACCAUCAUUGAGGUGGAGCUCACCAACAUCCAGAAGAAAUACUACCGUGCUAUAUUGGAGAAGAACUUCUCCUUCCUGGCCAAAGGAGUUGGACAAGCCAACGUCCCCAACCUGGUCAACACCAUGAUGGAAUUGAGGAAAUGUUGCAAUCACCCCUACCUCAUCAAAGGGGCAGAAGAGAAGAUCCUGGAGGACUUCCGGGAAGUGUGCAGCCCCUCAGCCCCAGACUUCCACCUGCAGGCCAUGGUGCAGUCUGCCGGCAAACUCGUCCUCAUUGACAAGCUGCUGCCCAAAAUGAAGGCCGGUGGACACAAAGUCCUCAUUUUCUCCCAGAUGGUGCGCUGCCUCGACAUCCUGGAAGACUACCUCAUCCAGAGACGAUACCUCUAUGAGCGGAUAGACGGGCGAGUGCGCGGGAACCUUCGGCAGGCAGCCAUAGAUCGCUUCAGUAAACCAGACUCCGACCGGUUCGUCUUCCUGCUGUGCACGAGAGCUGGUGGGCUGGGUAUCAAUCUGACUGCUGCUGAUACCUGUAUCAUCUUUGACUCAGACUGGAACCCUCAGAACGAUCUGCAGGCCCAGGCUCGGUGUCACAGGAUUGGUCAGAAUAAGGCAGUGAAGGUGUAUCGGCUGAUCACGCGUAACUCAUAUGAACGAGAGAUGUUCGACAGAGCCAGCCUCAAACUAGGACUGGACAAGGCUGUGCUACAGAGUAUGAGUGGGCGGGACAACAGCCUCGGAGGAGGAGGGCAGAUCCAGCAGCAGCUCUCUAAGAAAGAGAUUGAAGACCUGUUGAGGCGCGGAGCAUAUGGUGCCAUCAUGGAUGAGGAGGACGAGGGUGCAAAAUUCUGCGAGGAAGAUAUCGACCAGAUCCUCCAACGCAGAACCAAAACCAUCACUAUUGAGUCGGAGGGACGGGGGUCCACCUUUGCCAAGGCCAGUUUUGUAGCUUCAGGGAAUCGCACAGAUAUCUCACUUGAUGACCCUAACUUCUGGGACAAAUGGGCCAAGAAGGCAGAAAUUGACCUGGACUCAGUCAAUGGCAGAAACAGCCUGGUGAUUGACACGCCAAGGGUGCGGAAGCAGACACGCCCGUUCAGCGCCACUAAAGAUGAGCUGGCUGAGCUGUCAGAGGGUGAAAGCAGCGGAGACGACAAACCAAAACUACGGCGCACACACGAUCGCCUCAACAGUUAUGGACGAACGGAGUGCUUUCGUGUGGAGAAGAACCUUUUGGUUUAUGGGUGGGGCCGCUGGAGGGACAUCCUGCAGCAUGGUCGUUUUAAGAAGCAGCUGACUGAGAAGGAUGUGGAAUGGAUUUGCAGAGCACUGCUCGCGUACUGCCUCGUGCAUUACAGAGGAGAUGACAAGAUCAAAAGCUUCAUGUGGGACCUGAUCGCCCCGUCUGAGGACGGCAGGACCAAGGAGCUUCAGAAUCAUCUGGGGCUCUCCACGCCAGUUCCUCGAGGGAGGAAGGGGAAGAAGAUGAAGACCCAGUCGAGCACAUUUGACAUCCAGAAGGCAGAGUGGAUCAGGAAACACAACCCAGAGCACAUGCUGUCUGACGACGGAUACAAAAAACACCUCAAGCACCACUGCAACAAGGUGUUGUUGAGAGUGAGAAUGCUGUACUAUCUGAAACAGGAGGUCAUUGGUGCACAGAAUCAGAGAGUGCUGGACGGAGCUGAAGCUAGUGAGAUAGAUAUUUCUAUUCCUGAUCCGGAUCAUUCUGAGCUGCCUGCUUUGUGGUGGGAUGCUGUUGCCGACAAAUGUCUGUUGAUUGGAAUCUUUAAGCAUGGUUAUGAGAAGUACAACACUAUUCGCGCAGAUCCUACUCUGUGUUUCCUAGACCGGGUCGGCCGGCCAGACGAGAAGGCUAUCGCUGCUGAACAGAGAGGGAAUGAUUUUAUGGAUGGGGAUGUUGAUGAUCCUGAGUACAAACCUGCUCCAGCUAUGAUAAAAGACGAUAUGGAGGAUGAUGCUUCCUCUCCAGGUGAUUUGGUCAUAGCAGAUACAGGAGGAGAAGGUGGUUCUGUGUUGGAUGGCGGGGGCGGUACUCUCGGAGCCGGGAUGGGAGCGUACUGGCCGUCUCAGUCUGCGUUAACUGCUCGACUGCGGCGCCUCAUCACUGCGUCUCAGCGCUUCACCAAGAGCAGACAGAUCUUGCAGAUCCACAAAACCCAGCAGAUCAUGGCUCCUUCCCUCUGCCCUCUGCCUCCCACCAUCACAGAAACGCUCAACCCCAAAAUGGUCGCCAAGAUUGAGAGACAACAAAGGUGGACUAGGAGAGAGGAGGCAGACUUCUACCGUGUGGUCUCUACAUUUGGAGUGGUGUUUGACCCAGACCUGGGCCGCUUUGACUGGACCAAAUUCAGAGCCAUGGCACGUCUGCACAAGAAAACAGACGAGAGUCUCCAGAAAUACCUGUGUUCUUUCAAUGCCAUGUGCAGGAGAGUCUGUCGUCUGCCAGCGAGGGAGGGCGAUAUAGUGGAUCCCUCUCUCUCCAUCCAGCCAAUCACAGAAGAGCGUGCGUCCCGUACGUUGUACCGCAUAGAGUUGCUCCGACAGGUGCGGGAGCAGGUGCUGCGGCACCCCCAGCUUUACGAGCGCCUCUCACUGUGCCAGACAGGACCAGACCUGCCUGUGUGGUGGGAGCCUGGAACUCACGACCGAGACCUGUUGAUUGGGGCGGCCAAGCAUGGAGUCAGCCGGACAGACUACCACAUACUGCGUGACCCAGAGCUCUGCUUCAUGACGGCUCAGAGGAACUACAGCCAAAACAAGGGGGUUCCAGCACCAGCCCAACCCCAAAACCAGGCACUGUUGCUGGGGCAGACCCGCACUCCAACCCCCUUGCUGCAGAACCAGCAGAUUCAGGCUCCUGGAGCUCCAGCAUCACCGCUAAUGGCUAAUUCUGGCCACAGAGAGGAGGUGGUCAUGCCUAAGGAGGAGCCGCUUCUAGAGGGAGACGAGGCAAACAGGCCUCAGGAAACAGUAAUGAAGAUGUGGAGUCCUUCUGUUAGGCCUCCUACACCCACUGGGGAAGUACUGGUGAAAGAAGAGAUAGCAGGGAACGCUGGAGAAAGUGAGAGAAUGGUGGCAGCCAGAACAAAACCCCUCACGCCAAACUCUGCCGCUCGUAAGCAGAAGAAGUUGAGUAAGAGGAGCCGCAAAGAGGCUAGAAGGAGGUCCGGUUCAGAGUCUGACUCUGAUGGAUCCUCAUCAAGCUCCUCAUCAAGUUCUUCAUCAAGAUCCUCAGGAUCUUCAUCAUCUUCAUCACACUCAGGAUCCAGUUCCUCAUCCUCAUCUUCUUCUUGCUCUUCUGGGUCGUCAUCUUCAUCGUCAUCGUCGUCAUCUUCUGGGGAGAGCGACAGUGAAGAAGCUCCAAAAAAUCCAUCAGCUGUGCCUGGCGUAAAAGGCUUUGACGAGGACAGCAUAGCAUCUCAUAGCACUACUCACGAGGAUCUGCAGGACAGUCACGUGACCAACGGCAUCACUAACCCCUCCCACCCCUUCCAGGGAGGUUACAUGCUUGCUGCUUCCUAUUGGCCGAAGGACCGUGUCAUGAUCAAUCGAUUGGACAGUAUUUGUCAGGCUGUGUUGAAGGGCAAAUGGCCUGGGACUCGGCGUGUGUAUGAUGGAACUGCGGUGGCCUCUUUUUAUACCACUAAACUCCUGGACAACGCAGCCAACCUCGCAGAAGACCCUGCAGCCUCCCCUCAGGGCUCAAAGGUGAAGAAGCAUGAUGCAGACAGAGAAAAGGAGUUCUCAGUCAAAAUCAAUGACCAGGAGGGCAGUCUGAAGCUGACCUUCCAGAAGCAGGGAAUGUCAUUAAAGCGUCCUCUGGACGGAGAGGAGGGACCUCUUGCUCAGCAGCAGUAUCUGGCCAGGCUACAGGAGUUACAGAGCGCCUCUGAUAGCGGCCUGAUCGACUACACCAAAUCACUUAACAGCUAUCCACAGGGCAUGGCCGGGGUGCCUGGUGUGAGCGGCAUGGCUGGCAUGGCUGGAGUUGCCGGUCAGAUGCAUCUAAACGGAGUGGUUGACGGUCAGCCGGUAGUGAAGAGGAGAAGAGGAAGAAGGAAGAAUGUGGAAGGGAUGGAUCUACUCUUCAUGAACAAGAACAGACCUCCUGUUAUGCCUGAUCAGGUUCCCCCAGGUUGGAGUGGGAGUGUCCCACCGGGUAUGGCACCUGGGCAGAGCAUGCCUCAGGUUGUUGGGCCUAUAGACACUGAGAGCCGAGUCCCUGUGAUCAACCUCAAAGAUGGGACGCGGCUUGCUGGAGAGGACGCUCCAAAACGGAAGGAUCUAGAUCAGUGGCUAAAGGAGCAUCCCGGCUUUGUGGCAGAUGUUGGAUCUUUCAUUCCUGGUGUGAAUAAGAUGCAGUUUCAAGAUGGACGGCCAAAGCAGAAAAGACAUCGCUGCAGAAAUCCCAAUAAGAUUGAUGUGAACAGCCUUACGGGAGAAGAGAGAGUCCAGAUCAUCAACAGGAGAAAUGCCCGCAAGAUCGGUGGUGCAUUUGCUCCACCUCUGAAGGAUUUGUGCCGGUUCCUUCAGGAGAACCCAGAGUAUGGUGUUCCACCAGAGUGGGCCGACGUUGUCAAACAAUCUGGCUACCUCCCAGAGAGCAUGUUUGACCGCAUCCUCACUGGUCCAAUCGUCCCCGAGGAGGUGAGUAGACGAGGGCGCCGGCCCAAGAAUGCUCUGACCAAAGCAGCAGCCACAGCUAGUGCUGGGGCCAACACUGCUGCUCUGGGACUCAACCCUCUCCUGGCCAACGGCCUCCUUGGUGGCCUGGAUCUAACCAGCCUGCAGGCCCUCCAGAGCAUCCAGUCUCUCCAACUCACAGCUGGACUCAUUGGCCUGCAGCCUGACGCCGCCAACAUGGCUGCCAUGUUACCUGUGAUGCUCUCUGGCAUGGCUGGACUGCCCAACUUGCUUGGGAUGAGCAGUCUAUUGGGAAAACAGGAUGCUGCGGGCGCCAUGGCAACAGGUAGCGAGGAGACGGGGAAUAAGAGUAGCGGAGAAUCAACAGCUCAGACCUCGAGCGCGGACGUCAAAGUGGAGAGGACAGAGAGCCAAAGCUCCACACCAAGCAGCUCCGCAGCCACCAACUCUACCCAGCUAAGUGCUUCUGCCUCAGGCCAUCCACUGGCCCUCAACCCUCUACUGCUCUCCAGCAUGCUUUACCCAGGGAUGCUUCUCAACCCAGGCCUUAAUUUACCUGUGGCCAAUCAGCCGCAAGCUACUAACACUCAGCCCACCCCACCGCCUCAGCCCGCCCCCUCUGAGGCUACGCAGCAACAGCCCAACCAAUCGGAGGAGAAGGGCAGGGAUGAAGGGGAGGAGCCUGAGGAACAGAGGGACAACAGUGGUCCAGAGGGCUCCGGGAAGGCGGAGGAGUCAUCUUCCUCGGAGUCUGAAAGCUCAUCAUCAUCAUCGGAGGAUUCCGAUUCCAGUGAUGAAGACUGAGCCUUUAUACAUAUAUAAAUACAUAUUAUAUAUUUAUAUACAUCUCUUAGAAAUGUAUACAAACAAACACAUAUAAGAGCACUUACUUACAUCAUGGUUUUGAUUUGUUUUUUUUUUUGUUUUUUUUUUUCAUGUAAAUAUAAGAACUAAAGUGUUGUGUAACAAAGAUUUAAAAAAAAUGGAAAAGAGAGACAUGAGUCAACAGAUGCUGAAAUAUGAUUUCAGUGUUUGUUAAGGUACGGCGCUGUUUUGAAAAGACAUUUUGCAUGUCAGAAAAAAAAAGAAAAAAAAAGAACUAGUAGGUUUAUGAACUUUGUGAACUUGUAUUGCACAAUGAUGUACAAUUGCAACAGAGGAGAAAUCAAAAAUUGGCAUUACUGUAUUAAUUAUGUUGGGAUUUAAUUUUAUUAAAAAUGAGGACAUACGUUAUUGCUCAUGCAGAGCUGUAUAAUUAAUAUAUUUUGCGUGGGAGAAACAGAACUUGACUAUUUUGGUUUCUUUUGGUUUCUUUUGUAAAUAAUUUUGCAGGAUCAUAGACAUCUGGGCUUCACAGACAAUACAGUCAGUAACUUAGAUACUUCAGCAAUAACACAGGCAGCUAACGAAUGUCACUGAAGCUGUAGAUACCGCUGUCUCCACCCUUCACUCUACACUCUUCCUCACAUUCAUUGUCUGUUUUUCUUUAGCUGAAACUUUUCGUAUUAGAAUUUUCGUUUUACUACUUUCUAUCCAUGUUUUGUUUUAUUUUAUUUUAUUUUAUCUUUAGUACAUUGUUGUAUUUCAGGCCUUUUUGGCAUCCAUAUCAGUUUGUGACUCAACUACACUUUCAUGCCUUCUGAUGAUUCUUCCAGCAUAGAGAAACACAAGUAAAUGUGUCUUUUAUUUUUAUUAUUUUUAUUUUUAUCUUGCUCAGUCAGUAGCUGUAGGUGUAAUACAGGUAUUGAAAGAAAAAGUCUAUUCCAGGAUGGAUGUUUUAACUGCAUGGGUGGCUUUGCUGAGGCUUAACUAUUAUCAGAGCCCUCCAGGCCGCUGUAACAAAAGCCGGGGAAGGAUUUUUACUUUCUAGCGGUCAGUCAAAUAAUAAUAAUAAUAAUGUUUCCUAAUGCAGAAGGAUCAUAGCAAUGGUAAAUCUAUAUGUUACAGUAAUAUUUAACAUAUUUUACAGAUAUAUACAUGUGUAACAGUGGUGUGAAAGGACGUGGGUUGUUGGAAACCAUACCCAAUUCUGAAACAUUUAGAUGUCGACUAGAGACAUGCUAAAUUUAGCACAUAUGCUAAAUGCUAUUCCUCAAGAUUAUGGCUUAGCUGUGCUUUCAGGGCUGGGUGUCUAGGGCCUGCAGUUUUUGUGCUGUGUUGUUUUAGGGCAAACAAUAAGUCUCACUUCCUGUUUGGAAUCGGACAGCUUCCUCUAGUAUGUACGUCCACAGCUGUGUGUGUGUGUGUGUGCAUGGUCGUGUUUAUAAUGUUUGGAUGAGGCAUCCAUUCAUCCUAAAAGUCUUCUUCAAGUACUAAUGUCUUUGUUGAACAUCCAAUAUAGUAUUGAAAUAAUUGGAGUAUUAGAACAGAGUACAUCUCUGCUCAAAGAUUUGACAUCUCUUGUCUGGUCCUAGUUUUGGUCAGUUUUCCAGAUUACAUCUAGUCCAGAAUUGCACCAAACUGGACAAGGCUUAAUCUCCUCCCAGAAAACUGUGCUUUAGUGUUUGAAACACAUUUUCAAGUACAAUUGCAUCGGGUGUUGGAAAAACACUGAGGGUUGCUUUCCCGAAGAGGAAUUAGGCCUAGUGGUAGACCUGUCAUUUUCUCAUAAUGAAAAACCUCCAUUUAAAAUGCUAGUCUUGGGGUGUUUUUACACCUGUAGUCAGUUUAUCUGGUCCAAAUCAGAGUGGGGUUAGCUGAUGCUGAGGAGCAUAGUGCACAGUCACUUCCACUGUGUUAUAAUAUCACUGACAGUUGGCUGUGGAAUAUUUAGUAGUGAGAAACUUUCUCGACUGAACAGGUGUUGCAUCCUAUCACUGAGUUCCUCAGAGAGACCCAUUCUUUCACUAGUGUUUAUAAAAGCAGUCUGCAUGCCCAGGUGCUUAGUUUGGUUGAUACACCUGUGAACAUGGAAGUGAUUGAAACAACCAAGUUCAAUGAUUUGGAUAGGUAAGCGAAUACUUUUGGCAAUACAGUGUACUUAACUACCUGCCUGCGCUGCCCCCUAUUGUAUCUGCCCAUGUACUGCACAUUACAUAUGAGUGUAGCUUUACCUUUUAAGGACAUAUACAACCAACGUACAUGUAUACAAACAGAGGAUGGAUGUAGUAUAUGAACGAGUAUUUAAGUGUGUAUUUAUAUAUAUACACACACACACGUAGUACGGUAUAUCUCUAGCUCAACACACCAGAAGUGUGUCAGUAUGUGGAAACUACUCACAUACUACACAAUACAGGUUUACUUUCAGAACAGAAUCAGGAAACUUUCUUUUAAAAAUGGCAUAAUGACCCCCUUCAGUAUUGCAUCAAAUGUGCCAACUACUUGUCAGGUGUGCAGUAUUAUUAUUCAUGACAAUAAAUACUGUUUAUAUAAAUACAGCUCUAGAAAAAAUUUAGAGACCACUUCAGUUUCUCUGAUUUUGUUAUUUAUAGGAUUAUGUUCAAUAUCAAUAUAUAUAUAUAUAUAUAUAUAUAUAUAUAUAUAUAUAUAUAUAUAUAUAUAUAUAUAUAUAUAUAUAUAUAUAUAUAUAUAUAAUCAAUAUUUGGUGGAAUAACCUUGGUUUUUAAUCACAGUUUUCAUGCAUCUUGGCAUAUUCUCCUCCACCAGUCGUUUACACUGAUUUUGGAUAACUUUAUGCCUUUACUCCUGGUGCAAAAAUUCAAGCAGUUCAGCUUGUUUCGAUGGCUGUAAUCAUUCAUCUUCCUCUUGAUUAUAUUCCAGAGGUUUUCAAUUGGGUAAAAUCAAAGAAACUCAAUUUGUAAGUGUUUUUUUUGUAUAAAGUGGUAAUGAAGAGAGCGUAUCAGAUCUGAUGAGUGUUUUCUCAAAGCUUCCUUUUUUCUCACACUGUUUUGGAAAUAGUCUCAGAACAGUUAUCAGGUUAUACAUUAGGACAGUACAGUGAGCCCAGGGAUGGCUUUUUUUUCUCCAUAUGACCAUAAUUAGAGUCUUUCCAGUGUCUCCACAAGUGCUGAUAGUUCUUAAAAUGCUGUGUUUAGAAGUGCUCUUAUGCUGUACCUCUGGAUCUGCUCUCUUCAUAGAAGUGAAGAGAAAACAAAAACUACACUUUUCCAUGAAUACCUAAUGACUUAGGUUUAGUUUAGUUAUGUCUUAGUUUGACUUGCAUUCAUCCAUACUUUAUAUCUUUCUUUCUUUCCUUAUUCAUUCAUCCAUUCUCUUCUUUUCUUAACUAAGAGUGUUUGAUUGAGCACUCACUUGUUCUGUACAGCGUAUUUGAUAUGUGUUCCUUCUUAUAAAGCAACUCUCUCCUCACUGUGUAUCAGGUGUAUCUUAGACUGUUGGGCACCUAUUGACACAUACUUAUAUAUACAUAUACAUACACACAUUUGUGGUCUUUUCUAUGGCUUGACAAUGGCUUUGUUUCUUUUUCCAGGAUAACUGAUUGAUUGAACACAUGCCUUUUGUGUACCACCUUCUAUAUAACUUGUUUUUAUUUUUAUUUAUUCCACUCUUCUUCUUUUUUCAGCACUUCCCUCACAAUCUCAAUCUAAUCUAGUCAGCCAUUCACCCAUUUCAGCUUUAAUUUGCUGAAUGUCGUCAUACAAACAUGCCUUUUUUUUUUCUUCGACUUAAGCCACAAACUGGUCUUGCUGGAAGACUGCAGACUGCUAUCCAAUUACAGCCUGUGCUGUGAGCUACAGCUGCAUUAUCAUUAUCAUCUGUUUAUUAAUAACCAUAAAAAACUACAUAAUAGAAGAGCCCACUCUGGACAAGAAAGGUUGACGUGCUAUAAAAUAAGCAGCCUGCUCGUUUUUAUUGGGGCAGAAGUUUUUUUCUUUCUUUCCUUUUUUUAUGUUUGUGACCUGAAAAUUUGAUUGAUUCUUCAUAUAUAUAUAUAUAUAUUAUUCUUGUUAUUUUAAGUCAUGUUUAUUCAUUACCCAAUAGUUCAGGUAGUAUUUCAUGUGUAUUAGGGGUUGACUUUACACUGCAGCCGCUGGACUACUGACCAUAACCACACAAUUUUUUCUGCCUUUGGCACAGGGACGUGACUUCCAACAUGCAAACCGAAUAAAACGGAUACACUACUGUAAAAAAAAAAAAAGAAAAAAAAAAAAAAAAGGUUUGUUUCUUUUUUUUCCUCUCUAAACUAUGUGCGUAGACGUUGGAAUGACAGGAGUAGACAGAAAUGGCCUUGUGGGAUUUUUUUUUUUUUUUCUUUUUUUAAAUGAUUUUUAUGCUCUGGAUAGGCGAUACCACCAGAUCAUUCUUGGGGUCCUUGUUUUGCUGAAUCUUUUGUUUCUCGACAGUUGCAAUAUUUGCAAGUUGUGGUCUGUGUAGUCAAACAAUACUUCAUGUAGUGGAGAAUACCUGUCUUAAGAAGUCAUUUCUAAUUUAUUGAAUUACUUUCUAUGAAGUUCUAUAGAAGAAAUUGAGGUUUAAUUAUUUUUAUUAAACGUAUUCUGACUAUC